GGAGCGCGGUUCAGUCUGAUCCGGUUCAGUACGGCAAAGUUGGCCGAUAAGAGUGCGUGUGUUCGUUUCGCGGCAGCGAUUGUCCAGAACAUUCUGCGCGCAAGGGAGACCGAGUCGUCGCGCGAGCUUGACUCACGUCCCGCGUCAAUUCCCAACCCUCGCGUUCCAAGAUUCUGCGUUUCGCUCUCGGCGCGGUCAGGAGGAUGACGACGGUGGUCGACAAGGAGGAGGCGCGGAAGCGCCUGACGCCGUUGCAAUGGCAUGUGACGCAGGAGAAGGGCACGGAGAGGCCGUUUACCGGUUGCUACAACAAGUUCUACGAGAAGGGCACAUACACCUGCAUCGUGUGCGAUCAGGAAUUAUUCUCCUCGGACACCAAGUACGAUAGCGGAUGCGGCUGGCCCGCGUUCAACGAGGUUCUGGAUCAGGGACGCGUCAAACUGACCAAAGACACCUCUCACGUCGGCGGCAAUCUACUACUGCUGAUCGCAAACCCAGAUAUGGUGCGGACCGAAGUGACCUGUUCGAAAUGCGAUGCACACCUGGGACACGUGUUCAACGACGGGCCGAAGCCUACGAGGAAGCGCUUCUGCAUCAAUUCCGCCUCCAUAAGUUUCCAUCCGGCGGGAGAGGAGAAAAAGUCUACGUAAAACCAGCGUUAACCAGCGCCCGUUACGUCCUACUCCUAAUAUUUAUGUGAUGAGGCUCGGUGGAAUUUUAUAUCUCAUGCUAUAAAUAUCGAAAUACUUCCGAUUUAUUUAUGCAUUGUAAAAAGGAUUAAAAUAAUUAUUAUUAUCGUCGAGAUAUCAAAUAGGCUGUCUGUAAAGGCUGAGUUGGUUGUUACUAUACUAUAAUAUUUAAAUUUUUAUCACUUCCGACAAUGCGAAUACUGUCGCUACAAACUAUUGUCGUUUCUAUAUCAUUUAUUACAUUCGUUCGAUUGAUCUGUUCUUCGUAAUAAAUCAUAAAAUACUCCUUUCUAUAUUCCUGUUAAAUCUGCGCAAGAUGAAGAAAUGUAUUAUUUGUAUGAAUGUAGAGCAUUUCCGACCGACUUCCCACUUGCUAACGAGAAGCUAACUAUCAGUUCCCGUGAAUCUCAUUGUAUACCGUCUACCUUUGAUAUUACAAAUGUAUGUACAUAUCUGUAUCAAGGAACAAAGUAUAACACCCACGUAGGAUAUAUGUACGCUACACGAUGUGAGAAAGCGCGACAUUGGAUAGAUGAUAAAGGUGUCUAACCAGAAGAUGUUAUUUUUUCAAUUAACGCCAUAAUAUGUAAAUAUAUCACCUAUUCUAACUUAAUAUAUCGAAUAAGAAAUAAAAAUGAGGUCGUCAUUUCCUCUUACUAUCGUUAGGCAGGAAGGAUGUUUUGUAUGAGAAAGAACAUGUUUGUUAUAAAAUGUUUCCUUAUAUUGUAACGUUUCAAAACAAACUGAAAGGUGUUAUAAUACAAUAUAUACGCAAAAUUCUAG